AUGGCGGCAAUGCGAAACCCGCACACGCCUCCACAAAAACAAAGAGACUGGCGAUAUUACGCUACUAAACUAUUUACCAUUUUGGUUUUGUCUUGUGUGGUAAAGGUCUCUCGCCUGGUUGAGGUGAUGCUGCGUUCCCGCAACAUCAUUCAACACGUCAUGUGGAUCUCCUAUCUGUGCUACGCCGUAUUCUUUGCUCUGUGGAUCUACACCGCUCUUUUUGUUCAGCCCCGGCACCCUAAUUGGAGCGAAACGCAUAAAUGCUUGUUGCACAGUGCCACGGGUGCGGCGACAGCCGGAGGAGUUCUCUGGAAUAUCGCAAUGUGGCCGGUCUAUCACAUCUGGACGAUACCGCUUGGAAUUGUGGUGUUGGUGCUGUUUCUUGACAUCGUCGAAGUCAUCCCGUGGCCUUUGCAGAAGCUUAAAAGAUGA